ACGGAACACGAACAUCCGGUUACCGCCAUUUUAGAGAGUUAUCUGCUCUCGGCGUGUUUCUUUGGACGUUCCGAAUGAUUCGGUAUUUUUCCUGAAAAUCUUGCAAGCAUCUGUUUUAUUUUUCGCGUAAUAUACUGCAGUAGGGUUAGUGAUUCAAGAUGAGUUACGGCAGACCUCCGCCCGACGUCGAGGGCAUGACAUCUUUAAAAGUCGACAAUCUGACGUACCGCACGUCCCCUGAAACACUGCGGCGGGUUUUCGAGAAGUACGGCCGAGUCGGGGACGUCUAUAUCCCGAGAGACCGGUACACAAAAGAGAGCCGCGGGUUCGCCUUUGUCCGUUUUCAUGAUAAGCGGGACGCGGAGGAUGCGAUGGACGCCAUGGACGGCGCGCUGCUGGACGGCCGCGAGCUGCGCGUGCAGAUGGCGCGAUACGGGCGCCCGCCAGAUUCACAUUACAGCCGCCGUGGAGGCCCACCGAGGAGGUACGGGGGACAUGGACGGAGAAGCCGAAGCCGUAGUCCUAGGCGCAGGAGGCACAGCCGGUCUAGAUCCAGAAGCCGUUCCCGUAGCAGAUCCCGCUACAGCCGAUCCAGAUCCAGGUCCUACUCCCGUUCCCGAUCUAAGUCCCGUUCCCGCUCCAAAACCCGCACACCACGCAGAAGCAAGUCCAAAUCUCCUUCCAGGUCCCGUUCAAGGUCUAAGUCCAAGUCUCACUCCAGGAGCCAUACUCCCAGAUCAAACAAAGGAUCCAAAUCACGAUCCAGAUCGAGAAGCAGACCCAAAUCUCCAGAGGACGCUGGAGCCACUGCUGAAUCCUGAGCUGAAACAUAGGUGAGCCUAAUGCUUUGUAUGAAGACGUCGUGACUUGUUUCUUGCAGCUGGGGGAAUUUGUAUCACCCAAUAAUUGUAAUGACAAGUGCACUUAAAUUUUUUUUAAAUAUAGUUAAUGCUGCUAGUCAUGAACUUCAUUUAAUUAAACUGAUUAAAGCAGACCAGCUAAUGACCACCAUUAUAACUCAAGCCCAAAGUAGUUUAAAAUAAAUACUUGCGUGGCUCACUGAUCACUUAAAAUGGCUGCCUAAAAUCUAUUUAAUGCCCCCCCCCCCCCCCUUACUUUCCUCUUUCACUAAGUUCCAUACAUCUGCAGAUGUAGUAGAUCGGCAGAUGCAUUAUCUCAAAGGAGGUUUCAUGUAUUACCCAAGUUUUGGGUUUACAGCAUUUGUCUGGUUUCUCAGUUUCUGCAUGACUUUAAGGGUUUAUUUUUAACUUAAAUCCUAAACCUCAGAACGGAUGUUUGAUUUGGAGCUGUCCUGGGUAUGAUACCGUAAGUAUGUUUGUUUUGAAACGUGUACCAGCCAAAAUCCAUUGAUUUUUCAUCUAAAUGUGGAAUUUUUUCCUCCAAGCUGCUGAUUCCUGUUUGCAAAAGGAGUUUGGGGCAGUUUGAGAGCAGUUAGUGUGUGAUCCGACCAAUGGCUGCCUGCUGCUGAUUGGCGGUUGCUAUGGAGCAGGUCGGUCUCAUUGAGUGUUGAGGUGGUGUUGAGGUACGUCUUCAGGACAAUGGACUGAGACCUUUUCAUCAUCCUUGUCACAAACUCAUGUCUAUUGUGGCAUAGGCAAAAGCGGGAUGGAUGUGGGGUGUGUUCUCAGAGCUAGUUUAAGCUGUCAGGCUGCUGGGUAUCUGAUUUUAACCGGUCUGUAACUUAGUACGCAAGUAAUUGUUCUAACUGCCAAUGAAGUAUACCUCAGCUUGCUGACACUUAAAAUGGCUAUGAGACAUUAAUUCCACCCUCAGGUUUGUUGGCUCUCCACCCAUGAGGUUUCUCGCAGAACAAACAUCAGGUACAUGAGGUUCCUUGCAGAACAAAAAUGAGGUCCAUAGAUUAAUUUUAAACAUGGCAAGAUACUCGAUGUGUGGAAAAGAGUGCCUGUUUGUUCUGUAUAACUGAGGACCAGUUAUCGAGCAUUGCGUAAUAUGCAAUGCCUCGUUUUAUGACGAUUACUGUAAGACACCCUCUGCUUUGCUGUUUGAAAUUAACUAACUUCUUCUUUUCUUCUAGAUGAUGUCAGCUGGUUGAAUCUUCGAGGAUCGCACCGAACAGAUGUCCAUCUGAGGAUACUCAAAUUAUCCAUAUAUCUGACCGAAAGGUUAUUGUGAUUUAGUCUAAAUCUUUUAAAUGACUAGUUUUUCUUUGUUGCCCACAAUUGUUUUUGUCAUUUGAAUUUCUUGUGAUAUUAAAUGAUCUUUAUGCCUAAAUUGGGCUAAUAGGUGAAAUCACUUCUCUUUAUUUUUGGUAGUUUAUUUUUUGUUUUUGAAACUCCCAGACUAAAGUAAGUUCAUUUUUAAUCAGAUUUUUGUUCUUAAUAAACUCUUAUUAUUGGACAAUUUUGGAUGUGAAUAUUUCUUUGACCUUAAAGGACUGGGUGGAGACAGAAAUUUGGCCGCUAAAAAAACCUUUAUGUAAAACGGUGACAUCAUAAAGCUUGCUAACAGAGCAGGUGUUAUGGUUUAAAUGGAAAAUUUAACAAUAACGUGAUUGCUAAUAUUCUCUCUUGUGUAUUUUCUAUGCACUAGGCGCAGUUGCGUAGCAGUUGAGUUUUGCUGGUUAGCUGUUAAGGUGGCGUGUUGCGGUGCAGAGUGCUUGGCUGUUUCCAGUAUUCUCCUGAUUGCUCCUGUGUAACGCCUUGAUUUUCUUUCAAUUUUGGCUGCAGCAUUUAUUCUUUUUGCAGAAAGAUCCUGUCCAAGUCCUUUUGUGAAAACCUAUAAGGCAGAAAUCUGUGCUUAUUUCACAUCUCUGGGAGACUUCUAUCAUUUGUGACAUGCUCACUUGACCAUAAUUUUCAUGAAGAAUAAUAAAGGUUUUCUUUCUCUGAACAUGGCUGAUUUGAUGUAUACCUAAUUUUUUUUAGUUUUUCAGUGUCUCUUAUGUUUUGGUGUUAAGAAGCAAAUUAAACCUUCAAUAACUGGAAAUAAACUGUUGAUACAAAA